UGGCGCCUCGGAGAAGAGGUGGUGCCUGACAGUUUGGACUAUUGAUAAAAUAUUACGUUUGAAUAAAUGUAGAGCAUUGCCGUUGAAGCGUAUUUAUCUAAACAUGAUUGUUCAAGAAAGCUAGUUAGCUAGCUAAGCUAAAAAGGAUGGGGAACCGUCAUGGAUUUGUGUUGUUGCUGGCGACUGGAAUUCUUCUGUCGGCAUUAUUUCUGGCCGAAGGUGCUCCGCUUCCGUAUUCUGACACAACAGGGGAGACUGCAGGGGGCCAGGCGUCUGUCUCUCUACACCUCUCUGUGGUUGUGUCGCUGACUGCCCUGGUGGCCUUGGUGGCCCUGCUGGUGAACUGUGUGACCUGCUGUAAGGAGCAGGAGGUCAAUUUCAAGGAGUUUGAGGACAAUUUUGAGGAUGAGAUUGACUUCACCCCUCCAGCUGAAGACACCCCCUCUAUGCAGUCCCCUGCUGAGGUGUACACCCUGGCAGUGCCCCCCGUGGCCCUGCCCGGACCGCCCCACCUGGAGACACCCCCCCGCAUCUCAGAGGGAUCCACUGGCUCUCAGGUGGUCCGUCACAGUCUCAGCUACAUCCAGGAGAUUGGAAACGGCUGGUUUGGCAAGGUCCUCCUCAGUGAGAUCUACACAGACCCUGGUGGGGCCAGGGUGGUGGUCAAGGAGCUGAAGGCUAACGCAAGUGCCACGGAGCAGAAUGACUUCCUGCAGCACGGAGACCCUUACAGAGUUCUGGUGCACCCUAACAUCCUGCAGUGUCUGGGCCAGUGUGUGGAGGCGAUCCCCUUCCUGCUGGUCUUUGAGUACUGCGAGCUGGGGGACCUCCGGAGCUACCUGUCUCAACAGGAUUGGAUGUUCCGAAAUGCUGAGCUGCUGCAGCUGCAGAAGAUGGCCUGUGAAAUCGCUGCUGGCGUCACCCACCUCCACAAACACAACUUCCUGCACAGUGACUUAGCCCUGAGGAACUGCUUUCUGACCACAGACCUGACCGUCAAAGUGGGAGACUAUGGCAUCGGCCCCUACAGAUACAAGGAGGAUUACAUCAUCACGGAGGACGACGAGUCGGCGCCCCUGCGCUGGAUGGCCCCGGAGCUGGUGGGCGAGCGCCAUGGGGGCGUGAUCACCCUGGACCAGACCAAGUCUGGCAAUGUGUGGGCCCUGGGGGUGACUCUGUGGGAGCUGUUUGAGAAUGCAGCCCAGCCCUACCCACACCUGUCUGACCGCGAGGUCCUGAACCACGUCAUCAGAGAACAGCAGAUCAAACUGUUUAAACCACAGCUGGAGCUGCCCUACUCCGACAGAUGGUAUGAGGUGUUACAGUUCUGCUGGCUGGCUCCAGACAAGCGGGCCACGGCCGAGGAGGUCCACCGGCUGCUCACCUACCUGCGUAUGCAGGGCCAGAAGGAUGUGGAGGACGACUUCCAGCAGCGCUGGGACUCCCUCAAGCCCAACCCUGUCACGCGCCAGACCACCGUCAGCCACUCCUCCUACCCCAUUCUGGAGCAGUUUGCAGACGACGCACUGCGGGCCGAGGUGGACGAGAUGCUCACCGUCACUGAGACCAGCCGCGGCCUGAGCUUUGAGUACGUGUGGGAAGCGGCCAAGCACGACCAUUACGACAGCAGCAGCGGCCAUGGCCGCUCGGCCAUGGACACCAAGCUCAACUACCACAGCAUGUUCUUCCCAGUACCCAGUGAGGACAUUCAGGCCCACUUCCCAGACCCCGUAGCCCCCAGGACGGGGGGCACCGACAGCAGGAACACCCAUUCGGCAAUCCCUGGGAUCCUUCCCGUGUUUGACGCUCACAAACCAGCCAAUGGGAACGAGUACUACAUCCAGUUGGAGGAGCAGGGGGAAAGCACCGUGGAGGCAAAGGAGAACAGGGGUCCAGAGGUAAACACAGUGUCUGACAGGCAGCAAUUUAUCACCCUCCAAGAUGUCCGCUUGGACGAGUCCAGCACCGACGCAGACUUCUUCCACCGCAGCAUAGACUCCAAGGACUCGUACCUCCAGGACAGCCACAUCUGGUCUUCCAGUGAGCAUGACAGCCCCUACCACACCAACAUCUUCAGCGAGGGAGACUCCAGACAGGACUCCCAUUCCUGGAACAGGGGCUUCAUGGAGCUUCCAGAGCUCAACGGAAAUGGUCUCCAAAGAGGGGAGUCUGUAGAGGGGCAGGCCCAGGGAACAGAAAAGAGCUUUGGGAAUUCUUUUUUAGGGGAGCGCCAAUCAGAGGUCAUCCUCCAGGACUCUUUAGAGGAGCGGGAGGAGGAGGAGGAGGGGGAGGGAACCCCGGAUGUGAUGAGGCUUCUGAACACUGAGAAACUAGCGGACAACUUCAUGUUCCUCAAAGAGAAGAGCCUGAUGAAGGAGGGCUCUGGUUUAUCAGGGAAAAGUAGUGGGAGUCUACAACCGGACUUCCUCAAACCUGGUCUGACCCAUGUUCCAGAGCACAGCUUCAGAAUGAACUCUUGGGAUGAUGAUGAUGAUGAGACCAUAGAUGGCUUAAAUGUAGCAGAGAUCCCCAUAAAACCUGUAGAGAGCAACAUGUCCCCAGCAGAAGAGGAACUUUUUGACUUUAUGAGUCCCAGUUUUGUGGAUUUCCUGCAACCGCUAGCAGACCCUAAAACACUGGUGCCUUCAAAUACACUGGUAACAGAGGACAUCUGUAGCAACCAGCUGCCAGUUAGAAAUAGCUCUUCCAGCGAAGACUUUGGUCUGCUGCAGCAGUCCUCUGAUAUGGGGAUGGACACUGCUUUUGACUCUACCUCUGAGAGGGCCGAGGUCCCUGUCAUUAGUCCAGCAAAUAUCCGCCAGUCUCUCACACACCUCUCUGAAAGUGCCACUACAGACCCCCUGUGCAUGGAUGCCAAAAACCCCAGCCUUGAAGACCGCCUCGGAGCCCCAGAGGAUGACUGUGUUGAAUCCAUAGGAAUCAAAGAGCCGACAGACGACCUGCUAAGCCAUGGCUCUCCCCCAGCCUAUGUCAGUGAGAUUGCUGUUGACAAUGGCCUGACCAGCGAAGGCCUGACCAGUGAUGAUCUGCUGAGCGACCUGGUUGAAGAUGAUACAGAGGCAGAAAUGGACACCGUCCUCUCUGAGCAUGAACAUGACGACGACGGAACUUUUGAGGUGGAAGAAGCGUCUCACGAUAGGUCCUUUCUGCUGGUCUCCGGUCCUUCCAUGGACCAGAUCAGCCAGGACAGCCUACUGGAGGACAGCAUCUCCACCACUCUGCCCACUGUGGAGAACUCAGCCGAGACGCCAGACUCUCUGGACUCCCUGGACAUCAGCCACAGGCUGGAGGGGUCGGUCGAAGAACUAAACACCCCGGCAGCACCUCACAAGCUCCAGCCCCCGUACAAAACAGCCGACAGCGGCUACGAGACGGAGAACCUGGAGUCUCCAGAGUGGAACUCUCAGCCCAUCAUCAAAGACCACUUCUCAGAGGAAAACGGUCUGAGUUUGGCCGAAGAAGAAGAAGAAGAAGAAGAGGAGGAGGAGCCAGCAGCUGCUACCACGCUAGUUCCCCCUGAAAUCAUUGUCUCGGAGGUGGAGAGUGUGAUGGAUGCUCAGGAUGGUGAGGACCAACAGGCAGAGCCCAUCGCACCUGGCGAGGAACCUUUCAUGGGAGGCAACUACAGAGACUCUGCUUACUUCUCCGACAACGAUUCCGAGCCUGAGAAGAAGUCUGAAGAAGCCAACUCGCCAACUGGGGACGUCAGUGGCAGUGUUUCUGGAGGUCCAUUUGUUCUUCCUGAAGUCACAGAGGAGGAACAUGUAGGGUCUUCUGCUGGGUCACAGUCUGCCAUUGCUCGAGAAGCUCUGGUUGAUGUUGGAGUGGAGAAGACCAAGCCUCAGCCCUUGGAAGGGACCAGUCUCCCUAUGCUGGUCCUCACCACAGAGGAGGACUGGGAGAAGACUUCACCUGUGUCCAUCGACGGCAGUGUGGACGAGACCAGGACACUGGAGUUAUUCCCCGACUUCAGGACUUCUAGUCACUCCGUGUCCAACGGAACAUCCACAGAGGACCUGGAAAAGCCUCCAUUGCCUGCUGUUGCUACCUCAGCAAAACCCUUUCCUGAGAACAUACCAGUCCACGCUAAGCUAACCAGGACCUACGCCAGCGAGAUCACCCCCAAGCUCAAGGAGCCCGACAUGGAGGGGAGGUACCUGGGCAGGCGGGACGGCUCCGAUGGGGACGGGCAGGAGGACGGAGGGGAGGCGGACGAAGAGGACGAUAACAGCGACGACUCGGAUGAUGACAUGCGGGCGUACCGGUUGCACAGCUCCAGCGAGGACAGCGAGGACGACACGGUGCACCCGGUGCCUGUUAUAGUCUCGGACGACAGUAGAGCACGGAACCUCAAGAGCCUGCUGAAGCCCACAUCGCUGAAUGUCACCCCCAGCGCCAAACCCUCCAUGCAAUCAGGAGGCAGCGAUGCAGACAGUGCCAGUAGAGCUGUGUCGUUCUUCGACGAUGUCACGGUUUUCCUUUUCGACCAGGAGACCCCCACCAAGGAGCUGGGAGACCAUUCGUCAGGUUCCAACAGCCAGGUGUCCGAGUUCAGCAGCCUUGUGCCCUCGGCCAGCUACCUGAAUAGGUUCACCAACUCUACAGAGAGCUCCACAGAUGAAGAAGGCGGUGGGUUUGAGUGGGAUGACGACUUCUCGUCCCCAGAGCCCUCUGCGUUCCUCUCCAAGGCAGCUACGGACCUGGCCGUGUCUAAGACCAUGUCCCCUUCGUCUACGGCCUCGCACUACUUCUCCCCUCCCCCUCCCGGGGGCCGCGCCCCGGAGCCCAGCUGGAGUAGCUCUAACUCCAACUACUCCCGCUUCUCCAUCUCCCCGGCCAGCAUCGCCAGCUUCUCCCUCACACACCUCACUGACUCGGACACCGAACAAGGAGGAAGCAGUGAAGAAGGAGAGAAAGACUAAGGUGCACGUGGAAGGGACAGUUUCCCCCCACUUCUCUGAGGGGAAUGGACCCAGAGCCUCGCACGACGUCAGGUGAAUGAAGGAGAGCUCCACAUACAGACUAAAGACAGACGGACGGAUGACACAGUGUUAUGAAGGCUGUGGAUGCUUCUCUUCUCAGGCAGAACUGCUCCUCCCCAAGAGGUGUCCAUGAAGAGAACUAGAAACAGACUGAGCCGACAGCCAACAACCCCCUCAACCAAAUCCCCUUCCUUCCACCGAAAGCCUCUUAGCAAAUAUGACAGACGAACAGUCGAGGCCCAGUCAGGUCUCUGAGCCAUGUUCUCUCCUUCUGCUUUUUCCCUCUUACCCCCUCCAUCAGUGUGUGGUGUCCCCAUCAGUGCAAUUCAGCAGGAAGAACAGACAACAAAAUGGACCUAACUUUUUCUGUUUGCUUUAAGACUUGUUGAGCGCAUUCCAAGUGUUUGGUUAAUGUCCUCAUUUCCUGAGGGGAUUCUGUUUCACCCAAAAAAUACACUUUUAUUUUGAAGACCUAAAUCAUUGAUUGAACCACAAACUACAAUUGAACCACAGCCCCACUGGCUGCUGGGGCAUCUUGUGUCUGCAAUCAAAUAGGAAUAAUAAGCUCUUUGCAUCAGGCUGACUAAAACACCAAGGCCCUUGGGUGCAACACUGCUCAGUAACAUUGUUCAGUAGCUCCUUUGCUACAUUGUGCGAUUAUUACAGGAGUUGCCUUUUGGAAACUAUUUAUUUAUUGCCAGGUCUACUCAUGAAGUGUGUAUGCUUCAACAGGAGAUGAUCAAGAGUGGGAGAGGUAUAUUAGGAAUUUAAGGAACCAAGUUUUGGUGAUUGACUCAUUCACCGUCCACACAUCCCAUCUGUAUAAUUGGUGUCACUUUCUCAGUCAUCUGUUCUAGUGAGAACCAUAGAAUAAGAAUGUGUUCUACGGUGAGAAUGGCUUAGUGUUAUGGAACAGGAGAGGUCUGACAAAGCCUUACAGUUCAGAUUCAUAUGAAGGAAGUUCACUUCAAUUCAGUUGAACACCAUCAGUAGAAGUUUGGAUAAGGUAACAUUGUCACAAGCCAUGGUUUGAAUUAACAGUAUGUGACUUCAAGGUUUGUCCAGUUUCUUCACCAAUCAAUGGGUCUUAUCACAGUGCCUAUUUCAUAUUGAUUACACUGUAUACACAAAUAUCCUCUCCCCUUUCACUGGAGGAAUCACAUGAUUAAGGAGUCAAUACAUUUUGUCCUGACACACAAGCCUAGUGACUCUGUGAGUUUGCAUCAGGAGACAUAGGAGUGAAACAUCGUAAUGUAAUACGAAUUGUCGAGGUGUUUUGUGAAACAAAUGUGCAAUGAGUAUCUUUUGAUGAGAUGAGGUUUUGGGGUAUGAGUUUAAUAGGAGGAGCCAGUUGGGAUGUGGCAGCGUCCCAAACGGCACCAUAAAGGGAAUAGGGUGCUAUUUGGGACGCAGAUCAUUUCUCUGGUACUGUGCAGGAUCUUACAGCAACUCAACCCCUAGUUGUCAUUGGACUGACUACCAAGACAGACAUGCCUGUUCUUUGUUUUGUUUGGUUUACUAUGUCAAACCAAUUCUACACUCAUACUGAGUUUUAUUUUCUGCACGAGUUAUUCUCCUUAACUACUGCAUGUGACACAGCCGAGGUAAAGAUUACCUUAAGGAUUGUGGACAUUGCCAUAGCAACCCGGCUGUUAUGCGCCACUCAACGGACUGUCUCCAGUAUGAUUUGUUUUGGUGUGCAGCAGGGUUGGGGUCUGUAUCACCACCAUCAAUGAUGUAUAGAAACAUAAUAUUAUGAUUCAGCUGGAGCAGCAAGGCCAGCUUUUCAUGGUCUUUCUGUUCCUGUAGUUCAAACAGUUCUUCCAGACUCAAUGGGUUCAACACAGAUAAUUAUAUAUAGCUCUUGGUUUAGUGACUUGUCAAGGUUUCCUGUCAUUGGUGACGUCAUUUGAACAUGUCUUCAGAUACGUAGUGGAUAGAAACUCUCUCCUCACCUGCAGUAUUCCAGACAAGGUUAACCUCUUUACUACCAGCAGCCUGUGCGUUCUUUCAGUUACACUUGAAAUUUAUUUUAUUUAAGGAAAUCCUGAUGUUUUAUUCUACAGUAUAUACAUUUGCUUAAUCUUGCACAUUUUAGAAGGCUAACUUAAUGUUGAACUGUACUGAUGUAUAUAAAUGUUUAAUUUUGUCUGUACAUGGGGAAUGAUGUAAUCAAGUCCUAGGUUUGAGGUUUCAUUUUGUAAUUUAAAGCAGCGUUUAAAAAGAGCAACAUAUCACGGUAAAAAACAAAAUGACGAACGGUUUAAUUAAAGGUGCUACACAAGAUUAGUUGAACUUUUUUCAUUUUAAUUUCAGAAAAUGUCCAUAUCUGCAGUAACAGUUGAAUGAUAGUUUCACAGUAUUACCUACCCCGCUAGUGUUGUGAUUGGCUGUGAUAUCCUACUAUUGAUUUCUCCCGCCAGAGCGGCAUCGGUUGUCAAAAUGGGAAAGCUGUUCUGAUUGUGGCUGUACCAUCUAGUGGAAAUCGCUAAUUUCCUGGUUGCUAACAUUUUAUUCGGUUCGAAAACAAGCACUGAAUAGUGUAGAGAAUCAUUGUACCAUCUAAAUUGCUGUGAAAUAUAUUUUCAUUAACCAAAACUAGUUUUUACAGCUGUUUAAAGCUGGUGGACCAAAAUCAAAAGUUGGUUUUGGUCCACCAGUUUCAAAAACAGCUGUAAAAUAUUUUUUGAAAAUAUUUCAGAGAUUUAGAUGGUACAAUGAUUCUCUACACUAUUCAGUGCUUGUUCUCACAUACUCUGAAAUUGAGCGAAGUGUAGAAUUUUAGCAACCAGGAAAUUACAGCCACAGUCAGAACCAAUCAAUAGGAGAAUAUGACAACACUGGCAGGUAAGUAAUACUAUUCCACUAUUAGCACCAGAUAUUAUGGACAUUUCCUGAAAUUACAAUGUAAAAAUGCCAAAAAAUCCUAUUGUGUAGCACCUUUAAAGACAAACAGAUAGGAAAAUCCAUUCUGUCCUUUAAACUUGUAAAUUUUACAAAUUGUAAUAUUUUUACUUCAUAUUGAUGAUGAUCAUGCUUAGUGUAUUUGAAUGAAAUGUUUAUAAUUACACUGUUUAAUAUGGAAAUAAAUGCAAAUUUCCUUCAA